UUCCCCGAAACUAAGGUCGCUCUCGAUAUUUGGCACUUUCUCAUGCGAUAUUCAGCGUGUGUCAUUGGUACGAGCAAAAACCCGCGUCAGAAGGAGGUCGUAGCGAGCAUCUCCUCAUGUGUUCUUGCUCAGAAAGCGGAGGGAACUAGUCAGCAUGCCAAGUACUGGUCGAAGGAGGAGCAGGAACAGCGUCUCGUUCAAACAUUUGAACGUUUCGAGAAGGAAGGUGGGAUCUGGGCUCCUAACGCUUCAAAGGUACAUGCUGAGCAGCUGCGACAUGUCCAACUCGGGUGCCUUACAAGACCACGCGACGACAUCGCUUCGGAUGGGAGCCGCAUUGAGGGUUCUCACAAAGGCUGGAACUCACUGAAUCGAGCGCAGCCGAGUGGUCUUGAGACAAUAUCGGCGCUUUGUCACGAUUACGUCCUUCGCAGGAACGUUCGCAUCGCAAGCCGCCUCGAGGACCGGCCCGCCUUCCUUCGGUCUACUUUUGGUUCCCACCAUGUCCAUCUCGUCGACUACGUUGCAAAACUCUGGAAUCAGACAUGUCAAGAGGCCAAGUCCGACGAUCUGGCUCACCUCCCUACCCUUCCCAAGGUCGACUCGGGCGAGUCAUUCGGACUUGUGCCGUCUCACCAUUUCCUCAGCUUCGGCGGUAAUAUUGAGGUCAAGGUCGAAGAAUGCCUCGAGCUUGAUCUCAUCAACACCAAGGUUGAAGACGUCAAGGACAUUUUGGCAGGCGCAUCAACGCCUCUGCCCAAUGUUGUGGUGCCUAGUGGUAUCUCACAGAAAGGUCAGCAUCAUUCACAACAUAUAUUGAUGCCCACCAUACUAACAUGCUGUGAAGCGUGUCUAGAUGGCACCAGUGCCAACAGCUUCACAUUCCCUCUUGAACCGGCCCCCUCUUUGCCGCCGCGCUUGCUUGAGUCACUCGCCACGGCACUCCCCCGUCUCCCUCCCGGUCUUACACGUUCCGAGCACUUCUUCAGCAUCUCAACGGGGAUAGAUGCCCGUGCACUUCGGAUUUCAGUUGACGCUGAAUUCUAUCUAUUCAUGGACAUGCGCGAUCAAUUCAAGUGGCAGUCGUACAACAUGUCACCGAAAAAAUGGGUUCCCGCAACGGACACGUACAACCGCCGCCUCCGCCAGCUCAACCUUGCAAAGGGACUCCCUACCAUCGACAAGCAUCCUCAGGCGCUCUUGCGUAAGCUUGGUGAGAUAGAGCGCUCGGUUCUCGAUAGGAUUAAUGCGAAGAAUUUCAAGUGUGCGUCUCAUUUAUCUGAUAUGCUUCUCGGUAAUUGGUACUAA